AAGUACAUACCUUUACCUACUUAAUACGAAACGCAUUACACAUCUACCUACUUGAUGCAUUCGAAUUGCGUGCGAUGCCAUAAUCCUCAGAUAACACUUUUUGUGAUCGUUUUUGAUUGCUAGUAGAUAAAAAUAAAACGUGAACGCAAUCUUUUCAGAAUCGUGCGUGUAUAGUGUGAAGUAAAUGAGAACUUAGAAGUGAUGAUAGCCGGUUUGUACGUCUCAUUCGUUAAGUUUAUAGACAUCAUACAAAAUUUAAUUUGAAAUUUUCAUCGAAAUAGCAGAAUGCGGAAAGAUUCCUGAAAAAAGGCAACAUGAAUUCCGAAGACAAUCCAGAAUUAACAGUCGCUCAUCAAAAAGCAAAGAAUUUGGUGAGAAGUGAGUAUUACGAUGUGAAGGUAAAAGUAGACGAAGAUGUUUACCAUUUAGAUAAGUUACAACUCGCCUUGAAAUCGGACUACUUUGAGAAAUUAUUCGUCGAUUAUUCUGACCAAGAAGAAUGCAGUUUGAUAGAGCUACCGGUAAUGGAUACGGAUACAUUCUCCACCAUAGUUGACAUAAUGUAUGAACAGGAUCUGAUGUCUGUCUUAAACCACGACAAUUACGUUACUUUGUUAAUGGCUAUGGAUUACCUACAAAUGGAGAUCGAUCUGAAAACUUACGCUGAUUUCAUCGAUGCGAAAUCGGACCUAGAUAUGAAAAUAUUCGGACUGUACAACUUCGUUCGAGAGAAUCCGAAUUUGCAGUGUUUGUUACCGUCAGUAUUAAAAUAUUUAUCUGAUCUUUUGGCGGAUAUGCAAAAUAUCGAUGAUUUAUUAUAUUUGCCGUUGGACCACAUCGUUCAGAUAGUUUCGACCGAAAAAAGCGACCUAUUCAGGAAUGAUGAGCGCAGAAUGAUAUUCGCGAGCGAAGAAGAUAGGAAGCUACUCAGAAAGGUGAAGGGUAGAAGAAUUGCUUGGAGCGAAAAAAACGACUCAUCCGGCAAAGAUAUGCGUAAAAUUAGUUACAUUUGCUCAAAAUGGAUUUGCUACGAUUCGAAGAGCAGACUUCCUCAUGCUGCGAAGCUAGUUAAUGCAGCUAAACGAAGAUUUCACUAUCUGAAUGAAAUAAAGGAUGAAGAUUUCAUUUUCAACUCGAUGUUACCUGAUAUUCCCGUCCAAAUUAAUGCAGAAAUGAUGACGAAACUUUUCUACAAACAUUUGUUGUGCGAUGGAGCAGUAAAUCCAGUUCGCGAGAAAUUACCGAAUGAUGAAAAAAAAGAAGUUACAUGCGGUUCUGGAAAAAACAAACGAAGAAUUCCUUCUUCAGGUCAAGAGAACUUGCUGAAAGAUGAAAAACAACAAAUUUCAAGCAGGUGUGGAGAAAACAAACGAAGAAAACUUUUAGAAAAUGAUUAUUUCCACGAUAUCGUUGUACGUGUUGGAGAAAAAACUUACAAUCUUCAUCGAUUCAUGUUGAAUUCAGAGUCCGGAUAUUUCGCUGAAAUUUGUCCUACGGAGCAGUCCAAGUCCAACGUACAAACGCCAACACAGCAACCGAAUAAAAACGAGUAUUUACUCGGUGAUAUUGAUCAAACGACAUUCGACACGAUCGUCAAAUAUAUCUACUUCGAUGAAUUGCAAUUAACUUGUGAAACUAUAACUCGUGUAUUGAAAGCUGCCAAUAUUUUAAAAAUGGAAAAAUUAUUCGGUAGAUGUGUACAGUGGAUGAAGGCGAAUAUUCAAGAAGUCUGUGCGCAAGUUUUCAUGAUCGAUGAAUGUAUUUCUGCGUCGUGGAUUCGAGAUGAUAUCGAAGAAUUCUGUUCGAAAGUUUUAAUCGAACCUGAAACGAGUGAUACGUUGCCGAUCUGUUUGGUUUCGUUCGAUGUGUUGGAGGAUUUACUUCUGUCGUCGUCGCAUAGCUGUGAUAAUCCACACAAAAUUGUAGACAUAUGUUCGAAAUGGGUUAUGCACGAUGUGAAAAAUCGAUAUCAUCUGAUUCCACAAAUCGCCCUAGCUAUUAAUCGCAAUCGCAAUCACUAUGAAAUGGACGCUUCUGCAGAUUUAAACGAUUAUUCGGAGCAAUCGAUUCGAGACGAAAUAUGGAAGAUUCUACGUUCUACUGCUUUGGUUCCUUCUGCUGAGAAAAUGCCCGAAAACGGUGAGAACAAUGUUGACGAGAUGCCUGUGUUCGUCGCAAUGACUCUUGAAACAUUGACAAUUCAUGUUUUGAACGCUAACUUGGAACAAAUCGCGUCAUUGUGUUUUUCAAAUUUAAACGCUCCGUCAAAUUCCACCGAUGCCAUUGGCUUUUGCCUAGCGGCAACUUUGGUAGAUGAUAAUUUAUUUAUUAUGUUAUCUUUGUGGCAUCUUGAUUUGCCCUUUGGUCAUCCUGAUAAGAUUUGCUUUGUGUUUUAUGUAUAUAAUUUAUGUUUGAAAAAAUUCAUCUGUUUGAAUAACUGUGUAGAAGGGGAAAAUUUGAGUUGGUUCCACUUGUACCAAAAUUAUUCGUUGUUGAAUUGUCGCGGUCAAGUUUACUGUUGCUUUAGAAGCGGUGAUGUAUUCAGAUAUUCGAUCGAAUUGAACCGUUGGAUGAUGUUUUCGAAGGAACCGGUACGUUCUGGUGAAGGACAUUUUACUCGAAGCGUGUGGUUUACAAGCGAUGGUGAUCAGUUGUAUAGGUUGUAUGCUGAGGGGGUUUCUCGCGCACCGAACUCGUCGCAUUUAACACAAUUCGUCGUGGAAGAAUUCAAUUUUCAACAAAAUGAGUGGUUGUCUUUGCCGGAUUUAUCAUUCACAGCAGAUAAUCGCUGCUUAGAAAAUCUAAUUUUCAUUGGUGAUAGACUUACGGUGAUAUUUACGUCAGAUUAUUCAAGCUUCAUGUCGUUUGACCUAGAUUUUAGAACGUGGCGUAGGUUUUCGCUGCCAGACAAUAGACUUAUUGAUACUAUAUCAUCUUAUAGAUGUUUCGUCUUGGUGCAAUGUGAAGACAGACUUCUACACGUGUUUGGCUACAAACUGUACGAACAGUCUCAAGGAAAUCAAACUUGGGAGUUGAUAAAAGAACUUCCAUUAAGAAUGGAACCCCCUUUGGAAAUAGAUUCAUUCGCUCCUAGAAGAAAUCCUGGUCCUUAUGAGUGUAUUAGUGCUAUUCAUAGGCCCAUUGUUCGCACCCAUUAAUUGUUAUGCAUUUAUAUUUCUAAUUAAGCUCCUAAUACCUAUUUGUUUUUUUGUUGUGAAUUAUUGUUGAAAGACUGAUGUACCUAAUUAUUAAUCAUUUUGUAUCGUGGGUAAUUUCGUUUAUCAGAUUUUGGAAAUAAAAGAAGAUUGUGAAUUGA